AAGUCAACAUCCCUAAUUACAAUUAAGUUAAUAAUUUUUGUACAACAAAAUAGACUGUGUGUCGCCAACUGCCAGUCCACGCAGACAGAUCUCAAUCGCUGGGCAAGGCGUUAAGAGCCUUUAAAUAAGCUGCUGAAAUGGAACCACAAAUUUGUCGGCUAUGCUUGCGUGGUUGUGGCUCCCAGAUGUGUCUUCAAAUCUUUAGCAGCGAUGCAGGUGCAGAAGGUAACGUGCCAAAUGUUGCGGAAGUUCUGCGCCAGCAUUUUUGGUUUGAGGUAUUACCGAACGAUGCAAUAUCGAAAGUUGUGUGCAAUGUGUGCUGGACGCAGGUGUCUGAGUUCCAUCAGUUCUACGUGUCCAUACAAGAGGCUCAGGUGAUUUACGCCAAUGCGCCGAAAUUCAAACAGGAUCCUGAUCCGGAUAUGAUGAGCUCGUCGUGGCCAGAGGAGGUAAUGAUGCCGGCCGAAGAGCUCACAGUGGAUGGCGGCACAAAUAACGAUUAUACCAGCACACAACUUAGCGUAAAUCCCUUAGAUGAAUUAGACCUGGAAAUGUCAACAUAUGCGAAUGUCGGCCCCGAAAGCAAGCUAGACAUAAAACUAGAGAGACUCACGCCAGACGAGUUCGUCAACCAAUUGGACGAUGUUGAUAUUAUCGUAACACGAAGUGGGCGCAAGCGGAAACGUGACACCGAAACGAGUGAUAAGUUGAGGACAGUCAAAGUGAAAAAGGUAACACAAGCCAAAGGCCAUGAUAAGCGGAAAGCCACGACAAAAAGGACAUUCAGGAAACAGCAAUGGCCCCCAUUUUGUAAAGAGGACGAGGACCUAAUAAAACGUUAUAUUGUAAUGGGCUGUGAACUGUGCAUUUUCCUGGCGGAUGAUUUCGAUGGCAUUCGUGAUCAUUUUAAGGACAAACACCCAAGCGAGCGCCCCUACGUAAAAUGUUGCGGUCGCAAGUUAAAUAAACGUUGCCUAAUUGUCGAGCAUGCAAGGCGUCACGAGAAUCCUGAAUACAUUAAAUGCAACGACUGCGGAAAGGUGUUUGCCAACUCGAGCGUAUUACGCGCCCAUUGGCUGGUGCACCAUGUGCCUGACGAGGAAUGUGAUUUCCAGUGCGAAGAGUGCGGUAAGCGUUUCUCCCGGCGCAAUCUCCUGGAAUUGCAUAAGGGUUCGCAUGUGCCAGCCAGCGAGCGGAAGUUCAUCUGUCCAGAGUGUCCCAAACAUAAUGCCUUUGCCACCGAGUACCACAUGCAGGUUCACAUAAGUAUGCAGCACCGCAAGGCAGCCAACGUGUGCCAUGUGUGCGGCAAAGAAAUCAAGGAUAAGGCUGUCUUCGAGAAGCACGUCCGGCUGCAUUUUGAAGAGAGCGGGCCGCGCAUCAAAUGCCCUCGACCGGACUGCGAGAGCUGGCUAAAAGAUGAGGAUAAUUUGAAACAGCAUUUAAGACGCCAUAACGACGAGGGCAAAUCGUUCAUUUGCUCAGAAUGUGGCAAGAGCUGCAAGAAUUCGCGCGCCCUCAUUGGACACAAGCGUUAUUCACACUCGAAUACAAUUUACACAUGCGAACAGUGCGGCAAAACUUUCAAAAAGGAUAUUAGCCUUAAGGAGCACAUGGCUCAGCAUACUGGCGAACCACUUUAUAAAUGCCCCUUUUGUCCGCGGACCUUUAACUCAAACGCUAAUAUGCACUCCCACAAAAAGCGUAUGCAUCCAAAUGAGUGGGAUCACUGGCGUAAAACAAAAACGGGUAGCUCCCAAAAGGUGCUACCCAGUGCCCAGGUGUCGCAAAUGUUCAGAGAAGAUUCUGAAACGUUCGCGAUUCCGAAUAUUUCAAAUGUAUUUUAAUGCACCUAGUUACCUUCCCCUACCUAAUGUAUAUAUAUAUUUUCCCUAAGUGUAGAAAUAUAUGUACGUAUGUAAAAAUGUUUACAAACCCAAUGAAUAUAAUUGAGAUACGAGAUGCCUUGUGGAA